ACUAGUCUAGGAUUUGAAUGUGAUUCUGUUGUUUGUUUUUAUUUCCUUUCCAUCUCUUUUUCUAUCUCUUCUACUUAUAUUUAUAUACUCCCUCAUCUAAAAAAAAUAAAUAUAACCCAACUCAUUUUUCUAUUCUCAUUUUCUUUCUCUACUCUCACUGACCAACAUUUUUUUAAAGAAACUGAUAAUAAUGGAUAUGUCAGCUCCUCAAUGCAGUAGUAGUGGGUGUGAGUCUGGUUGGACAUUGUAUUUAGAUCAAUCUUCUAAUCAGUAUCAGGGUUUUGGUGGGUUUGUUGAUGGGAAUUAUGCAAGAGUAGAAGGUGAAGAAGAAGAGGAUUUGUCAAUGGUUUCUGAUGCUUCCUCUGGACCGCCACAUUAUUGUGAAGAUGAUGAUCAUGAAGAGUGUUGCUUCGAUCAAUUGGCUAACAAUAAGAAGAACAAAAGCAAAAAGAAGAAGAACAAAGAAUUUUCUAUUGCUAGGAGCUGCCAACAACAUUCAUUUCUUGAUGAUACUGCUAGUUCUCCUGCUUUGGGCAAGAAGGUAAGCAAGAAUGUUAUUGAAGGUUCAAAAGAGCAUGCCCUGGAAUUUUCACAAGGUUUCUCUGCAACACAUUUCAAGCAGGGGAAAUCAUCGCUCAAGAAACACUUUGGUGGAUUGUUUCAUUCCUCUCUUGCAGAAAAAUCAUCUUCACAAGAAACAGGUGGUUUGCAAGGAAGGAAAUGGAAAUGACAAGCAUUUCGUAAUUAUCCAAUGUCUUUUGUCUCUGCCACUGCAGUUGCUUUGGAGAGAGAGAGAAAUGGAAGGGAAGAAAAGAAAAAAGAAAGAAAAAAAAAAAGCAUUAGAUCUCAAAGGGAUUUUGUUCCUUUCUUUUGGUUUUUAUUUUUUCUAAAUUCUACUCCUUUUUUUAUAUUUUCCUGUCAAUGCAGUGGGAAACACCUGAAAACAUAAAAAAAAAAAUUAAAUUAAUUCCUGCCUUUAA